GCAAAGGAAGCCCGCAUCACAUACAGGCAGCAGAAGCCAUUACUGCUGUCCUCAGAGACUUUGGCUGCAAUCCACCGAGAUCGACGUGCCCUGUUUCCCAGACGUACACCGACUCUCAUCUCUGCGCGAAGGCGGCUCGACGUCUCACGCUUCUUAGCAUUUAAUCCCCUCCCCGGCCAGGCUCCCCGAGUGAGGACUAAUAAAUGGACGGGAACCAGCCGUGGCGGGUGAAGCUCGCUGCUCUGGUUCUCUUCUGCUCUUGUUAUCCCCCUGGUCCAGGAUUUGUGGGCAAAGCUUAAGAGGCAGGAGUGAGCGGAAGAGUUUGGUAGAAAGAUGAAAUCUUUGCGCUUCUUUGCUAUGGGUUGGAUCGCUGGGGCCGUGCUUGCGUUCUUCAUUCCCUCCAGCAUCAGCAUCUCCAUCGCUGCAGGCUCUGCCUCAACUGAUGAAGGAGGCACAACAGCCAUGCCUAUGCAUGGUGGAAGAGUCAAGACGGUCAUCACCCACAGGAAACUGGAGGUUAACAGCUACAUUGCCGGCGCCAUCAGAAGUACAAAGGAUUCAACGAGUAUGAACGUGGAGGAUUAUCCCAGCUUCGAUCCAGCUCCAAGUUCGAAAGCAACCAUUAAAACCGGACCGAUCGAACAUGGAAUUCCUCUCAUGCCUUAUAUCCCCCGGCCGACCCCUCCAGGUCACCCCAAGCAUGGGGGGUCUCCUUGAUCCCAGCUCUGCUUGGCUGUCACUAAUCUUCUAUGUAAUCUCAACUUACUUUGUUUCUUACUCUGUAAUACUGUACUCAGGAUGAACCGAGUAUGUGAUGUGCUAGCAUGAAUCUUAUACAGUGGUGAACUCUCUAUAAUACUCAUGAUGGAUAUAUGUA